AUGGUGAAGGAGACGGGCUACUACGACGUGCUCGGCGUGAUCCCCACAGCCAGCGAGUCGGAGAUCAAGAAGGCGUAUUACAUCAAGGCGAGGCAGGUACACCCAGACAAGAACCCUAAUGACCCGCAGGCCGCAGGGAAGUUCCAGGAACUAGGGGAGGCAUACCAAGUGCUUAGUGACCCCGCUCAGCGCCAAGCUUAUGAUGCACAUGGGAAAUCUGGCAUCUCAACGGAUGGAAUAAUUGAUCCAGCAGCAAUUUUCGCGAUGCUAUUCGGUAGUGAGCUUUUUGAGGAUUAUAUUGGUCAAUUGGCAAUGGCGUCAAUGGCUUCACUUGAUAAUUUUGACGAAGAUGAACAGAUCGACACAAAAAAGUUGCAAGACAAAAUGCAGGCUGUUCAAAAAGAAAGAGAGGAGAAACUUGCAGAGAUACUUAAAAACCGUCUGCACCUUUAUGUUCAAGGAAAUAAAGAGGAAUUCAUUCGGCUUGCUGAGGCCGAGGUGUCCAGACUUAGUGAUGCAGCAUAUGGACUUGUUAUGCUGAACACUAUUGGCUAUGUAUAUUCAAGACAAGCUGCAAAAGAACUUGGAAAGAAGGCAAUAUAUUUGGGGGUUCCGUUUGUAGCAGAAUGGUUCAGAGACAAAGGCCAUUUUAUCAAAUCCCAAGUAACAGCUGCAGCAGGUGCAAUAGCUCUUAUGCAGCUGCAAGAAGACUUGAAGAAGCAGAUGGGUGCUGAGGGCCAGACCACAGAGGAAGAACUUGAAGUGUACAUGCAGAACCACAAAAAAGUUAUGGUUGAUUCCUUGUGGAAGCUUAAUGUUGCUGACAUAGAAGCCACCAUAUCACAUGUCUGCCAGAUGGUGCUUCAGGACCCCUUGGCCAGGAAGGAUGACCUGCGUCUUCGUGCCAAAGGACUGAAAACUUUAGGGAAAAUUUUCCAGGGUGUUAAGCUCAACAGUGGUGAGGGGGAAGGGUCGCACAUGAAGAAUAUAGAUAACAUGGAUGACAAUGCCGGUAGCUCCCCUGAUUCGUCACCAAAACGGGAGCCAUCAUUCAAUCCCAUUCCUAACCCUCCUCUUACCCAGAGUCCAUAUGUGGAGGCUCCCCAGUUUGGCGGAACCUAUUGUUCGUUCAACUUCCCAAUGCCGACGGCUCCACCAGGUGCGCAGAGGGAUCCGGUGCCUUGA